GAGGGGGCAGGAGGAGGAGAGGAGGGAGGAGAGAGGAGGGGGCGACCUGCUGCUUUGUUUUCACGACGCGAUCGUGUCCGCGAACGCCUCGCUGGCACCGGCGCCCGCGGUGCGCUCGCGAGCCGCCCCGCGGCCGCAGGGCGCGCCGCGCCGCCUCGCAGCCGAGGAGCAGUCGCGCGCGCCGGCGCCCCGCAGCCGCCGCGCGGCCUGGCCGCGCGGCCUGCGCGGCGGGCAGCCGAAGCAGACAUGA